AUGUCAACAUCUGAUCAUCCAGAGUCGGAUGGUCAGACGGAACGUGCCAAUCGUGUCCUUGAAGAGAUACUUCGAGGAUACGUACACUCCUUUAAGAGUUGGAGUGAGUUUUUGCCAAUGGUAGAGUUUGCCAUCAACAACUCGGUGCAUGCGUCCACGACACAUACACCGUUUUACGUGAAUGGCUUGCGCCAUCCGCGUAUACCCACCUUACUAGAGUGUAACUCUAGUUUAAGGGGGGGAGGGACUCGCGCGAGCAAAAACCGAUUUGGUUCACGCUCAUCACGCUCUGACGAAGAAGUCAUUGCGUUUGAUGCCGAUAUCGAUAACAUCGAUAUCGAAGAAGAUGAUGCCAGUGAGAGUGCGGAAGCCCUCACUGAAGACAAUGAUCCCAGUGAGAGUGCGGAAGCCCUCACUGAAGAAAAGGUUGUUGUUGCUGCAGUGCGCUCACAGCACACUGAAGCUAACGAGUCAUCAGAUGAGUUCAUACUGGCUCGUGAAACGGUAGUCCGUUUUGUGCAAGACUCCAUCGCCGAAGCGGUGGAUAAGCAAAAAGCAAAACGCUGA